UGGUGCAAGCUCGGGGCGGUCAUUACAUUUGGCAUCUAAAAAAUAUCCAUGUAGCACCCGAAAGCCUUGAGCGGCCGGGAGGCAAUGAUGUCCCUCGUCAUGUUACAGCCACUUCCUCGUUUAGUUAGCAUUCCGGUGCAGCUGCACGGGCUUGGACGCGUCCCGGGCUCCGGGGCAAUGAUGCUGAGGGUGGUGUCUGAGCCGGAGCCGCGCGUCCAUCCAACUCCAGAUGAUGCUAGCUUGAUCCUAGCGGUCAGAUUUGCGAUAGAGGACUAACUAGCUGCAGGUCGUGCCGUUACUUGAAUGAAAAGCAGUCAGAUGCUCGGGUCGGUUACGCGCGAUGCGGGAUGGCGUUCCUGAUGCUAUUAAAACAGAUGUGAGCCGUGAUUCUGGAGCGGUGCUUUUUGGGAAAAGGACUGCUGGCUAGCAGCAAGCCGGGGCGCUCGGCUACCGAUGCCCUGUGACUGAGGAAGCUGAUAUCUGAGCCGGCUGACUCCAAACACACGCGGUCCGCUGUAUUCCUUGAAACGCGGAGUCUUCCCCCGGCGGCCUCAAGUCCCCCGCAUCGCCGAGUCGCCUCUCCAAUGUCAAGCUACAUGGUACAGAAGGAGCAAGACUUCCGACCACUCUCACCUCAGCCCAUCUCUAUCACGUCUAUAAAAGCACAAAAUUCCAAUAUUGAUGCCCAGAGCCCACAGAGCCACGCAUGCAGUGUGAACACAAAAGACAAAUGAUCAGCCAUGUUUCUGUUGUAUAUUUGCGUCUGUGCCGGCCUCAUGCUGUCCCUCCCUCAGUGUACGUAUCAGUCAUGCAUGGAAGGGACACCCAGACAGUGCCUGGAUGCGGAAUUUGCUCCAGGUACCAAUUUGGCCGGGGAAGGCUUCGACAUUACCAAAAUGGAACGUAAGGGGGCCUUUGUGCUCGACAUGAAUCAGUGGAAACGCAAGGACAAAACAUGCACCCUGUGUAGCAACCCCUAUCUGGAGAACAAAAAGCAAAAGCUCCCCUUGUCAGUGGAGGACUGGAGGGCGAAAUACUCCUGCAGCAUGAAAGUGGUCAGUAAUCUCCACAGAUCUAGUGAGUCUCUGGUCAGUUCCAGCUCCUCUUCGGUGGAAAACAACUGGCAGGUCAAUCUAGAUGUUAAUGUUGGUAAAAAAGGAGGCUCAUUGAUGCUAGCUGGAACCAAUUCUAAGUUAGCUGAAUACUCCAUGGAAAAAACGAAGAAUGACAAGUUCAGCUUCACAAGCCAAAGCAUGUCCUGCGAGUACUACAGCUACCGAGUGUCCCUCAGUCCCAAGUUGCACAGAGAAUUUCGCAAAGCAGUGAAACAGCUCCCCAAAAUCUACAGCCCUGAAUACAAGCAACAAUUCUACAAACUGAUUGACAACUUUGGCACCCAUUACCUCAGCAAGGUGAAGUUGGGAGGAAGCGUUCAAUCUGUGACCAGCAUCAGGCAGUGCCAGGCCAGCCUGCAGGGCCUCAGCGCAGAGGAGGUGCAGAUGUGCCUGGAGGUUGAGGCGUCCGCCACAUUCAAAGCUACAGUAAAAACUCAAUCAAAACACUGCAAGAAGGACAUAGAGAAGACGGACAGUAAGUCAGCCUUCUCCAGCCUCUUCAAUGACAGGUUCACAGAAAUAAAGGGGGGCCAUACCACGGAGCCAGACCUUCUCUUCUCUGCUGACAAAAAUCCAUCAGCCUACAAAGAAUGGCUGAACACACUGCCACAGAAUCCAGACAUAUUCUCUUAUUCCCUGGAAUCGCUUCAUGAGUUACUGCCAACAAACACCUCUGUCAGGAAGAACCUGCGCUCGGCCAUUAGCCAUUACAUCCUGGAGAAAGGCCUGUUGAGGAACUGCAGUGAGCGCUGUCAGGCCGGCAUCAAGAGUGACCCGAGGGAUACCUGCGUCUGCCAGUGCCACAAUGACCCUGCUGUAAACCAAGACUGCUGCCCAACCCGUAAGGGCAUGGCGCGGGUUAUAAUAACUGUACAACGGGCGUCCGGUCUUUGGGGAGACUACUUCACAGCCACGGAUGGCUAUGUGAAGGUCUUUUUCAGCAAACAGAUGGUCCGGCGCUCUCCUGUCAUUAACAACAACAACAACCCACACUGGGGCAUGAUCGUCGACCUGGGUUCCCAGGAUAUAUCAGCAGGAAAUAGAGUGAGAUUUGAAGUGUGGGAUCAGGACAACAACUGGGACGACGACCUGUUGGGACAAUGUGAGAAAGAUCUGUCCGCUGGAGUCAAAGAGGAUCUCUGUAACAUGCACCACGGCCAGUUCUACUACAAACUGGAGGUGAAAUGUGCUCCGAGUCUGAGUGGACAUUCAUGCGUGGACUACAAACCUUCACCUAUGAGUCAAAGUCUGAAGAAGCUGUAUGUGUCCCGUCAUGCCCAACCUAUUCCAAAGGCCAUCCUAUUAGAGAUGGGUGUGUUUGUUAAUGAAACAACCUCACAGAGAAACCUUACUGUGACUGAGAGUCAAAAGGUUCAUGUGAACCCCCAUGUUUGGCCUUUCUGAGGCUUAUGUUCAUAGUAUUAGCAAUAUUUCUGUAUUUGUAUAUCUCAUUUGUAUUCAUGAGGUUAAUCAAAGCAACAGGUUUUAUCCAUACCCCUUAUUAAAUAAUAAUUGCUCACAAACGAUGAGCUGUACAUCAGUUCAGGAAGAACUGACAAAGUGCUGACAAAGUGGCUGCAGCUUGGGUCACUUUUGUGUGUUCAGUUUUUCUUCCUUUUUGUUUUCUUUUUUAAUCUGUACUUUUAAAAAUAACUGUAUUGUUUCGAUACAGGCAUUUAUAACAUGUACUAAGAUGCUUUAAACUUUUAAUCACAUUAUUGCCUUGUUGGUUUUUUGACAUGUUUGACUCCCAGUUCUAAAGAAAGAAAAGAAGAAUAGGACGAUAAAGAUAUGUAUAGGUCACACCUGCAGUGUCCAUUACACAUAAAAUAGCAUAUACUUGUUUUAUACAUUUUAUAGUCAGUUAGUUUCUCUUCUACUUAAACUGUUUUCUACAACUUCUUAGCAAUGAUAUAGAUAUAUUUUAAUGUAUAAAUCCAAUGCAUUUAUCAGUUUUUAUUGAUUGUUUUCUUACCAUCUGUAAUUUGAAUGCUUUUUUCUCUCUUAAUUUCAGAUAUGUCAAUUUCUCCAUCUGUGAUUUACCUUUUAGUGCUCUUUAAUCAAAAUAAUCAGAUAUUCAUAGUCAUAUGUCAAUGGGUGCUUUAUGUGUUUUAUUUUAGAUAAAUUUUCUUUGCUGUACAGUGUUUGCUGCUGAAACAGCCCAAUUCUCAGCGCUCGCUAAAAUUUUAUCCCAGCUUAAACAAUUAGUAAGUUACUUUGUGUUUGUGAUAAACUUAAGAAAUCCAUCAUUGUGAAUGUGACAGUCUCUUGUUCUCACAGAGCAUUUGGCCACAGCCCACCACCACUUCAGAUAAAUGAUCGGUUUGUGGUCACUGGUCCCUUACUGACUGGAAAGCCAGGCUGACUUUCAUGUAGUCACUAUCUGUUUGAGUUUGUCUGUAGACCACCGGCUCCUCCCUCUCGGUGAUGGGUCUGCUCAACAUCGAUGAAAAUGUCAAACUACUCCCCCAACCCCCCUUCUCAGGCCACUGUCACCUCACCCCCUCACCACCUCCUGCCGUUUUGUUUUUUUUUACUUUUAAAGACAAAAAGUGCUCACUG